CCUUCAAAAAAAAAAAAAAGUUAAAACUUCUGUAUCGUUUAUGUCCCUUGACGAUUAAACCUCUCGACCUUUUCUUUGAACACAUUUUCCAUUUCCUCAUAAAUUCUCUUCUUCACCGAUGCGAGGAUCACCAAAGAAAAUUCGAAGCAAGCGUCCACUACUUAUCCAGAACCGGUUCUGUCAUUGGUUUCAGCCGUCGCCAGCUCAAUUGGAACGCGAGCUUAGUUGUUUUUUUUCAAGUAUGAUAAUUGCUCAAGUGUUUUAGGUUUUUCCCCCCGCGUGUAGUUGAUUUAGUAUAAUUUUCAUAUAGGGGAAAUAUGGUGGAUUCCUUCCUAUGCACAUUUUGCUAACCAAGGAACCCGUUACAUGUCCCGUGCGACAGAUUGGAGGUUGCUUUUAAUUUUACAUGAGAAUCAGCAUUGUAUACACCGGCGGAUGUUGUCAUCUAAAUUGUGGGGUUCAAUUAAAAUUUUCAAGAUUUGGGAUGCAAUUAAAAUUUUCAAACUUUUGGUGAUUUAACGAGAAUUUUCAAAACAUUUUUGGGGUCUAAUUAAAAUUUUCAAAAAAUUAAAUUUUGGGGCUAAUUGAAGUUUAAAAAAAAAUUGGGACUAAAUGAUUAAUAUUCAAAAUUUUGUGGUUAACGUUCCGCCUCUGUAUACAUAGUAAUUAUCGUUAGCAGUGAUGCUCACGUAGCUUGUGCGUUCAAGUUUGUUGUUGAGGCUGUUGCAUUGCUCAAUCUUAUUUAAGUGGCGCCUUUGACGGAAAUGGUGUUCAUAAUAAUCUUAUUUAAGGACAUUUGAAUGGUUUGUCUUCAAUACACAUCCUCUUGCUUGAUUUAUAGUUCGUUUUACUAAUUUUUUUGGUUUAAUUCAUGAUGUUCUGUAAGUUCUGUUGCUUUGCUAUAUCGUGCAUGUACUUACAUUUGACUCUUAACUCCUGGAAUUAUGGACUGCAAAUCUGUAAUAAGAAGCUUAGAUCGACAUUAUUAAUACUGGUAGCAACUAGUAACUGAAUGUGUUGAUUUAACUGAUCAAUCAAUCAACUAUUGAAUAAUGAUGAAUACAAUUUCUGUCUCUUAAAUUGCAUGUUAACUUCUGUACCAUACAUUUAUAAUGAGACAUUUUGUGCUGCUGAAUGGAAGUUGGAAGGGUGAAGAAAGUUGUAUACUCAGGAAGGAGUGCAAUCUCCAUUUUCAUCCAAGGUAGCCAUCAGAUGAGCCUGUUCCAAAUGCAACUUCACAAGUUACCAGUGCUGUUGGCUGGUGAAGAGAGGGGCUUGCUUAUAAAAAAGAAUUAGGUGCUAACUUCUGAAUUCUGUCAAAUUCCUUUCUAUCAGAUGUGGUGGCUUAGGUUGUAACCGUUGUUUGUUUCUGGUGUUUCUGGACAUUGUGGAAAGUGUAAAGCUGCUUACGUCUUAAAAUGGUUGGUGCUGGUUUCAGAAGUGUUCUUGUUUGUUGAUGUCUGUUUGGCUGAAAAUAAACCAUUUGGUGAUUUCAGGCAGUGUGCUUUAUUGUGAUGUUAUGAGGAAGAAUAAAAGAUUCUUAAGAAGUGCUUCCUCUCUGGAAUGCCUGAUUCAAAGUUGGACUUGAGAAAGUAUUACAACUAAAAUCCCAUCCUACUAAAGGGUGGCUUCUGAUUGCAUUCAAGUCCCCGUCUAAUACUGUUUCACUAUGUUCAUAUGUCACUCUUUUGUUUUCUUGCUUGUUAAAGUUGCAGUGUUUAUGAUGGAAUUUUGAUUAUUCCUGUGACUUUCAGAAGCAUUUCGUAUUAGAUUGCCUAUUUUCUUAAACUCUGUGGCUUCUGUUAAUAUUGCUUCUGUUGCCAUGAUGUUAAAAUUUCCUGAUAUUCGUUUCAGAGCAUACUAGUCCAGCUUUGUUUCUGUGUCUUACAAUGCUAUAUUCUGCAGUGGCAAAACUAUUAAGCUGGACAAUGUUACUUUCCAUCAGUAUGUGAAUCUUACUAGAUUCAAGUCAGAAAAGACUGUUAGUUUUGUGCCACCAGAUGGUUAUUUUGAGUUGAUGAAGUUUGUGAUUUAAGUUUGUGUUAUUUAGUAUGUAAGGUCAGUCACAUAGAAGUUUGUUACUUAAGAUAAUUGUGAAUGAUAAAUUCUAUAUUUAUCUAUAGUUAGCUUCGAAGACUACCAAGCUGUGUUCAUUAUUUGCUUGCUAUGUUACUUUUAGAAUGCUUUUGUUGAUCAUGGAGCCAUUUGAACCAAGUAAUCCAGUUAGAUUGUGAAAAUAAAUGCUUAGUGAUGCAAUCUCUAUCUAUUCCCUUUUAUAUUGGUGACGCCUGAUCAUAUUUCUAUGUUUCUUGCACUCUAAAACUGUUUUAUAUAGACUUUUUAAUAUUCUUUUUGACUUGAUGGACGCAUAGGUACUGUUUCACUGAGGGUGUUAGUCUUCGUUUCCAGAUAUUGCCAACAAUUAAGGAACUUGGUCAAACAUUGAUGCAAGUAAAUGUUAAGGUUAAAAGCGUCUUUGGAGUAAAAAUGUUUGCACUUGUAGUUAUCAGAAUUCCUGUUCCAAAACAAACAGUGAAACAAGUUUCCAAGUCACAUCAGGUUGAGCAAACUAUAAUGCUCCCUAUUGAUAGCUUGCUCUGGAAGAUAAGAAAAUUCCCGGGACAAACAAAGCCAACCUUGAGUGCAGAAGUUGAGUUAAUUUCCACGAUGGCUGAAAAGAGAUUUUGGAUGAGACCACCAAUUCAGAUGGAAUUUGAGGUAUGGGAGAAGAGGGGGUUGGCUAUAUUACCAAGGGCAGGGCUGGCUCAUAUGAGAUCAGGUGCUAAGUAGCUUGGGGUAGCUACUGUGAGAUUGUAUCCACAUGUAACUUGAACCAUGAUAAAGUGGAGGUUUUUGCCUAGUAAAAGAGCAUAAAGCAGAGCCCAUUUCAAGCAUAUUCCAUAAUUUUAAGCAUCAUUCUUAGAGUUAGCACCAAAGUGUCUGGGAGAUAUCAGGUGCAAUGUUUUGGUAGGUAUCAUAGAUGGUUGAAUGGUGUGGCCAGGUAAGGCGUGGAUACCCGAGUCAUGUGUUGACUGCUGAAAUUGAGAUUGUUGUUGUCAUUGAUAAGGUUAGGGCUUAUCUUAUCCAUUUUUCCCUCUUUUAGAUAAAUUAUGUACAACACCCAUUAAAUUCAUGGCAGUUACAUACAUCUGUAUUUCGGCAAA